AUGUGUAACGAUAAGACAGCCCAACUAAUCGGACCAUGCCGCCCAGUAUGCGAAGCCGUUCGUGGCAGCUGCCUCCAAUACCUCCGCGAUUUCGGCUUCGACUGGCCCCCAAAUAUGAACUGCUCGCUGUUGCCGAAAGUUAACAACGCGGAAACGAUGUGCAUGCCGGGGCCGGGCACCCAAUGGGCAUCUACCGAACCCCCGGAGGAGGAGACCCAGAAACCGACCCAGCCCGUUCCCCUGACCAUCCCCGGCUCGUCGAACGAAUGCUCCCCCGGCCAUUUCUACUUCAACCGCACCGGCGUCUGCGUGCCGCUCUGCAACCUCAACCACGGUCUCGCCCAGACGGAUCGCCACUCGGCAACGACUUACCUGGCGGCGUUGUGCGGCUUGUCGGUGUUGUUCACGUUCUCAUCGAUCCUGUUCUUCCUCUUCCGCCCGCACGUCUUGCCCACGUUCCCGGAGAAGAGCCUCCUCUGGAGCGCCACUGCCUUCAUGUUCUCGUCGAUCAUCUACGUGUUCAGCAUGUUGUACAGGGAGGAGGUAUCUUGUACGCUCUACGCCGGUCAGGUGCUGUCCGUCGUCUCGGCGUUGCCCCACGUACCGUGUACGGCCGUGGCGGCUGCGUUGUUUUACCUAGGAACAGCCGGUCGUCUCUGGUGGUUCGUGAUGUGCCUCGCCUGGAAAGAACACACCCUCCAGACUGCCAGUAUUGAUAAAUACCGUCGUCAAGUGGUCCUCGUCACGUGGGCCCUCCCUUUAGCCGUGGUCAUGUUGGCCCUAAUGGCCCGAAGUAUCCAAGCGGAUCCGCUGGCCGGGGUUUGCCUCGUCGGGGCGGCUAGCCAGGUCCUGGAGGGAGUCUUUCCGGUUUUCCGGGAAUGCGUCCUGUUCCUGGUGGUCUUCGUUCCACUUUGUGCCGGUUGCUGCUCCUUGGUCGGAUCUGCCACUCCGGCUCCACAUUCUAAUGCUCAGCCGCAGCCAUCGCAUCUUGGGCUUUUUGGGUGCAUCUAUUUGGUUGCGGCGUUUUUCUAUGUUUUCGCCUUCCUCCACGACAUCCUCCAACCAGCCAUGGGUUGGACCCGAUCGUGGAAUGUCGUUUCCGCCAUUAAGCUCCUCCUCGACCCGUUCCUCGGCGCCGUGGCCGGUCUGUGCUGCCUCGUACUGAUCAUCUCCAACCAGUACCGCGCCAACAAGGCCCCAUCCGGCUACAAGCACGGCUACCAACCGGCCCUGCUCCCACAAUGCUUGCCCCCGAAUCGGCCUCAACCGGAAGUGCCGAGGCCGGUGUCUUCUAACUACACUUCCACCUACGCCGCCACCCCUCGAUUUGCUUGU